GUACGGAUUAUCUGUCAUUCCCAAAAUCAAAAUUUUGGAAGCUGCGCGCUUUGCAUGGUUCCGCAAACAUCCUACUCGUUGAAAUUGUUGUUUUUCUGUGAGCCACCACCUCGCAAUAAUCACAAGGAAGAGUUUCGUGUGAUUCAAUUCCAUUUGGAUUUCUCAAUCUAAGCAUUUAAAGAGGAACAUGUCUGAUAACCAGGAAAACGUUCCCGAGGGCUGGGAAAAGCGUACAAGCCGGUCUACAGGUAUGACCUACUAUCUGAACAUAUACACCAAAGAGUCUCAGUGGGAUCUACCGACGAAGCCGGCCAGCCCGGAGCAGGACACGGCUGAGGUGCAGUGCGCUCAUCUGCUGGUCAAACAUAAGGGUUCACGACGGCCAAGUUCCUGGCGGGAGGAUAACAUCACCCGCAACAAGAGCGAAGCCCUGGGUAUCCUCGAGGGCUACCGAAAGCAGAUUCAAUCAGGUGAGGUCACCCUACCGGAACUGGCCCAGCAAUACUCGGAUUGCAGUUCGGCCAAACGGGGCGGCGAUUUGGGCAUGUUUAAGAGGGGCAUGAUGCAGAAGCCUUUUGAAGAGGCAGCGUUUGCCCUCAAAGUCGGCGAAAUGUCCGACAUUGUGGACACUGAUUCCGGGCUGCAUUUGAUUCUGCGACUUAAGUAAGAGGUAAGCUGGAAUUGAGGGAGAAAUGAUAUUUGAGAUUGUGGAUUUGGAAAUUGUACGGUAAUAAAGUCAAAGAAUCGACACUCUUAUCGAUUUUAGAAUGGAAUACCUA